CACUUUCUUAUUUUUUUAUAUUUAUUUUUACAUACACAAUAAUGAUGAUGAUAAUAAUAAAUAAACAAUAUCCAAAUCAUCACAAUUUCGAUUCCCCAAUUCCAACUGAACUUGAAGCUUCACUGGGUUUUCCUUAAUUUCCUCUAAUUUUAUCAAAUUAAGUUUGGUUUUUGGUGGAUAUUGGGAUUUCUUAUUGUUUGGUGAUUUGAUGGAUGAUACUCGUGAAGAGUCUAAGUUCACGGAGAGUAAUGGUUUGAAUCAAGGUUAUGGGUCGUCUGAGAUGCCAAAAGUGUCGGUUAAUAAUGUUAGUUACACACAGUCUCGGACUGUUGACAAAUAUGUUGAUGAAGAUGAUGAUGACGAAGUAGAAGUAGAAGAAGAUGAAAACGGAGAACAAGAACAAGAAGAAACAAAUGUUGGUGAUGGUGAUAUGAACGAUUCUGCUCUGCAAAAUGGGAAUGAUGGUGUUGAUAAUGUUAAUCAAUAUGGUGACGAGGAUGAUGAAAACGGUGAAGAUCAUAAUGGAAGAGAAAGUAUUGUCAGUGUUAAUAUGCAAAGGCAUCCCAAAAAGAGGAAGUUGAAGAGCUUAUUAUUAAAUUAUGAACUUGCACCUCGAGUUCCACCUCCUACUUCUACACGGAAGCGAUCCUUUGGCGGAAGAAAUACACUUAGAGAUUGGAGUGAACAAGAGACUUUUGUGUUAUUAGAAGCUUGGGGCGAUCAGUUUCUUCAAUGUGGAAGAAAAAGUCUCAGAUCUGAAGAAUGGCAAGAAGUUGCAGAUCGAGUUUCUCAAGUAUCAAAAAUAGAAAGAACAGAUUCUCAAUGUAGAAAUCGUUUAGAUACGUUGAAGAAAAAGUACAAAAAAGAGAUGGCUAAUUUAAAAGGAGGUGGACAUUUAGAUACUAAAUGGGUAUAUUUCAAGAAAAUGGAUAUGUUAUUAUCAUUGAAUUUGAACCCCGUAAAACAUAAUACUAAUCUAAAUAGUGCAAAUGGACCGAUUGACGCAAGGGUCGGGUCUGUUAAAUCAGAUUCUCUAGAGGGUGAGCAUGAUGAUGAUGAUGAUGAUGAUGGUUCGGAUUCAGAUUUGCUUCCACCCAAGAAAUCAGAACCUGGGGGUUCAUUCAAAAUGCUUGCAGAUUCUAUCAAUAAGUUUAGUGAAAUAUAUGAAAAGAUCGAAAAGAGCAAGAUACAACAGAUGAUAGAGCUGGAAAAAAUGAGGAUGGAUUUUCUUAAAGAUUUGGAAUUGCAGAAAAGGCAGAUACUUGAUAGAGCGCAAGCCGAGAUGACAAAGGUACAACAAGGAGAUUAUGAAGAUAAUGAUGUUUCUGCUGAAAAUGUUAGCGGGUGAUGUAUCUUUUGAACAGAUUCUUUUGUUAUUAGCAUAUUGACUUGUUGUGUGAUAUUUAGGAUGUAACUCUCUUUUGAUUUAUUGGACAAUAAUCGAUUGUAUUAUAACGUAGUAGUUGGUCACCUUUUUAUUUUGUUGUGAAGUCUCAAGUAAGUUCUACCUGACUUUGUACCAAAAAAAAAGCCUUGCGUUAGGUGUUAACAUCAUAGAUGUUUAUGUUUCAGAUUUGAACUGUAUUCAUAAUAUGCUAUGAGAAACAAUUAAUCUUGUAUACUCAUGUUAAAGGGAACUUCUGAGUGUAUCAAAUUGUUUGUCUCUAUGAAACUUCUAGAUCAUAGUCACGUUCACUUUAAGAGGUGGUUUAAGGAGUUAAUAGGUUUGCAUCAAGGUAUGUUCUUAUCCCAAAUGUUUGAUGGCUUAGAGUUACAUAUCCCCGAAGAGAAGGAGAUGAGCGCAAAAGAAGGUAGCGUACUCUUUUUGGUCACUUCCCCAACAUUCAGAUUGCAAGGUUUUGACAGGGGAGGACACAGGCUGUCAAAAACCAUGAAGUGUUGAUUUUGAGUAGCGGAGAAACAUCCAAUUAACUGACUGCACCCUGUUUCUUGAAGAAACGUCUAUCAGAAAAGGCCAAGUAUGACAAUGUAUUACAACAGUGUGACAGUUCGUGUGACUGUCCUGUAGAAAGUAUGUUACGUGGACAAAAAUCUUUUUCAUCAAAACAUGUGAGUCAACGGUUCUUUGUGAGUUGAAAUACUGAAGAUGUGCUAGAAUGUUCAUCAUUGCUGGUGAAAAGCGAGAUAAACGCACAAAAGACAACUACUCAGUUUUCCUCUUCAGAAACCAGAAGUGGUAUUUCAAGUUCGCGGUUCGCCUUGUCACAAUGAUCAGAAAAAAAGGAUCUACUUCUCUUUUACAGAUUUAAAGAUUAUAUUCCUGCAAAGUUUAGUUGAAUGAUCACUACCUAGAGAAAACCAAUGAUGCAGCAGUAGAUUCUUGACAAAAGGUGUCAUUGUUGCGUCAAUUGAAUCCCCUAUGUACAUUCAAAAGAAGUUAGAACCAUGUGUGAUGUUUGAUUGAAGCUUCCAGUGAAUGAUGUAGCUUUCACAAUGCCAGGCUAGUGGCUUGAUAUUGAAGGACAUCCGGGCACGUCGAUGUUUUGCCAAGAUUUACCAUAUAUUAAUUUUACUGUGAUCAGGAUGUGAGAUCUGUAUGCUGGAACUACAGCCAUGGUGUGUCUUUGAAGAAUUGGUGGAGGGGUCUUACUGGGGCAUGUCAGUACUAAUGCGGUACCGGGAAUUGGGGUGUUCCCCCCAAUCUACACCUUUUGCCAAAGAGGAACCACUCUGGUAACAUUUUUUGAUGCCGAGUCUCAUGCGGAUCACCCUUUUUUGUGUGUUUGUAAAGAAGUUGGUUGAGUACUUAGAACCAGAAAAGUAUUGAAAAUGAUUCUUGUCUUUAUACUCGAUGCUUUUGUUUCCAUAACUGAUAACUGCAACAAUUAUUAUUAUUUUAUUUUCAAUUGAAGUGCUGGUAAUGAUUUUCGAUUCA